AUGGAAAAGAAAUUCGUGGAGGUUCAAAAACGGAACAACAAGACAGAGCUACGGGUAGCCGAACUGGAACAGAUGUGCGUUUCACCCGUGCCUCCUGAAGAGAAGAGAACCAUAGGCCCAGUUGGCACCGUGUCUUCUGGGCCUCCUGGGCCACCUGGGCCUACAGGACAGAAAGGGGCCAUGGGGCCAGUUGGACCUGCGUCUGCCGGUCGUCCUGGGCCACCUGGCCCGCCGGGACUGAGGGGAGCCAUGGGGCCACUUGGCCCUAAAGGAGAGGAAGGGGCCAUGGGCCCAGUUGGCCCUGCAUCUGUUGGGCCUCCUGGGCCAAUUGGCCCUCCAGGACAGAGGGGGGCAAUGGGCCCAGUUGGCCCAGGGUCUGCCGGGCCUCCUGGGCCACCUGGCCCUCCAGGACAGAAAGGGGGCAUGGGCCCAGUUGGCCCAGGGUCUGCCGGGCCUCCUGGGCCACCUGGCGCUCCAGGACAAAAGGGGGCCAUGGGCCCAGUUGGCCCUAGGUCUGCCGGGCCUACUGGGCCACCUGCUCCUCCAGGACAGAAAGGGGGCAUGGGCCCAGUUGGCCCAGGGUCUGCCGGGCCUCCUGGGCCACCUGGCCCUCCGGGACAGAAGGGGACCAUGGGCCCAGUUGGCCCAGGGCCAAUCGGACGCCCGGGACAACAGGUCCUGGUACCGGCUGGGCCUCGGAGGUGGUGCGAGACUGGAGAUUGUCCCAAAGGUAUCUGCUACAAGGUAUUCAACACUCUUUGGAACUUCAGCAAAGCGACUGCGACCUGUCGUCGAGACGGCGGCACCCUCGUCAUGCCUCGAGACGCUGAGACCAACGAUUUACUGAUUUCCCUGUACAAGGCCGCUAUAAGCAGGGGGUCCGGAUUCUGGCUCGGCCUCUCUCAUGAGCGCGAGGAAGGAGUGUUUGAGUGGGCGGACGGCUCUCGCAUUGGAGUGUACACCUUGUGGAGUCCUCACGAACCGAAGAAAGGCAACUUCGUCGACCAUAAAGAUUGCUGUGUACCUAGGAGACAUGGCCAAGCGCUCACUGACACUGCGGGCCGUUCUCCGAUGAUCCUGUACCGCUGCCCUCGUUAUGACAACGAAAGGCAUUACGUACAUGCUGCUUAG